AUGAAAUGCCAAAGAGACUUGCAAGUGGCCCACCAAGGUAUCGAGCCGCAUCUCCAACUGAAAAAACCCAAUAUCAAGGCUGAGAUCGCGCGCAGAAGCUGCGCCCUCCUCUCUUUCUCUUUUCUUCUUUACCUAAUCAUAAAACAUAUUAAUCCUCCUUAUUCACUCUGGCUUUCACCUUCGGCUGUAUUGGUGAUUGGAGAAAUUUUUUGCAGCGAUACAUUGUUUCCCACCGCAUUUACCUUGCGUGUAAGCCCUGGUUCUUACGGCAGAAGCGCUGUCACUGGGGUGAGGUUAUCUCGCCUAUACAGUGCGGAGGUGUGUUAUACAGUAUAUGCACGGUGCUUCGGUCUCUCACUGAGUCCGUUCCUUGCUCACCCUUUUCAACUGCUUUUCGACCUCCUAAGCUAUCUCUGCUCAGUUUUUCUGCAUGCACCGUCUCUCAUGUAUGACCAAAACGGACAAGUCUUCAAAGAAGUCGUCGCACAGCGGCCCCCCGACGCGUACCAAAAUGGCCGGGACUGGUCACGGCGGACCGGCCGGCAACCACGAAGAGGUCGCGGCGGCCAAGGCAUGAAGGGCGCGAGGUCGCUCGCCGACAUGGCGGUGCACACGAUAGCGGAGAACAUCGGCGACGUGGAAGAACACCAUCUCGCCCGUGAAGACCUGCCGCGGCGGUACUUGUGGAGGAUAUGGCGGCUCUUGGAGAAUAGAGGUGUAUGCUUCCAAGCCUGGAAGGUCUUUUCCAAACUCCUCCUCGUCGAGGACGACGAAAAGACGCUGGGCCUAUAUCGCUAUCGCCAACACAUAUGCCAGCCCAGCAGCGCGAGUCUCCGCCACUACCUCAAACCCCUCGAGUCGCCCAACGUGGACUUUGUGACGCACCUGACCAUCACGGGGUCCUGCUCCUUUGGCGAGAACGAGCUGCUGGCGCUGCCCAAGCUCCGAAACCUCGCCAUCCUCGAAAUCAUCGAGCCGGCGUCGUCGGCGUCGGUCAUGGACGAGCAACACGCCCCCAGCUUCCCCAAAGUCGACGACCGCCUCGUCAGGAGCUGGUCCGAGAUGGACGACCCCUUCCCGCUCCUCCGCGUCCUCCGUCUCUGGGGCGACGAGUCCGUCACGACGCACUCGCUCCAGUAUGUCUCCAAGUUCCCCGCGUUGGCGCUGUACGACGUCAACGCGUCGAGGAGCGACUGGGGAGACGCCUGGGGCGCCGCGGGGGAGAAUGGCUGGGAGGUUGACGAGCCGCUGCAUGGCCCGCACGAUUCUCUGCUGUGGUACCUCUUACUCUUCGACGGCGCCGUUGAUACGGCGGAGGGCAAGGACAGCAAGCCGAGACAGCUCCAGGGUAUGGCGCGCAACAUUGACGACGGAUUGAUGAAUUUCUGUCAGAGCAGCAACCAGCCCAUCACCAUCAAGCCAUCUUCUCCAGACGGCCAGGACGCCCCUCCGUUUCUCGACCAUCUCAGCGACGCGGCCAAGAGGAAUCUAUCCAUGUACGUCGACGUGCCGGGCUACGAGGCGCAAACCUGCAAGGGUUUCCCCUUCGAGACGUGGGGCUUCUGGCUGUACUCCUUCCUCGGCCAGCUCACGGGGGACGCAGACCUCAAGAGAGCGGGUCAGAAGACGGGUACGUUACUCAAGGUGGUGUCGGAACAGCUAGUGCUGCCCGCGAAGCCGCUCGCAUGCCUCCAGCUCGGCCAUUGCGGGUCCGGCAGGCCGGGCAUCACGCCAGCCGUUUCGUAUGUGCGCCGGGGACUCUUCGCCACGUGCAGGUACACGUUCUUCAGGAGGUCGUCGGGGUUGGCCAAGCAGGAGCCAGCGCGGAAGCCGACGGAGUCGUUGAGGCCAAAGGUAGAGCUGGGCAAGGUCGAGACGGGAUUGAACCCCAACAGAAAGAAGAGGCGGAGGCUUGAUGACAUUCUGCAGUCUUUCAUGGGUUCUUGA